ACACAUCUGACGUUUGUUAUUAUACUGUUUUGGAUCGACUUCAAACAACAAAUACAGAAUACCUGUGGUCAUCUUGAAAUACGAACAAUUUUAAUUGCAAGAAAAUGGCUCGUGUACCGAAAGAACUUUUCACACAAUUCCAAGAUCAAUUGAACAACGAACAAGAAGUGCGAGAUGAAAUUCGGGCAAUUAUGAAGGAAAUAGAUGUAGCUGUGCGUGACGCAACGCUGUCUUUGCAAGUGAUUCACACAAGUUUGACCGAAGUGUCUGGUGGAUGCUUGAAGGCACGCGAACAAUUCGAAGUUUGCUGUAAUUUGUACGAAAAAUUGGCAAAAUUGGUUCCAAGCGGUCAAUACUAUCGCUAUAACGAUCAUUGGUCGUGGACCACACAACGACUCGUCUUUUUGAUUGCCUUGACAAUUUUCCUUGAAAAAGGAUUUUUGGUUGAACGCGAUACUGCUGCUGAGAUACUCGGUUUGAAAACAAAGCAACGCGAUGGUUUCCAUUUGGAUAUCGAAGACUAUCUCAUGGGUGUAUUGCAGUUGGCUUCCGAACUGUCACGAUUUGCAACAAAUGCAGUGACACUUGGCGACUACGAGCGUCCGCUACAAAUUUCCCGUUUCUUGGCUGAUCUAAGUGCCGGAUUCCGUUUGUUGAAUUUGAAGAACGAUGGUCUUCGCAAGCGUUUCGAUGGAUUGAAAUACGACGUAAAGAAGAUCGAAGAAAUUGUCUACGACAUCAGCAUUCGUCGCCUUCGGCCAACAGAAGCCGAUCAGGCAAAUACCGCACAACCAGCCGAAUAAGAAAAUUCUUAUUUUCCAAAUUAAUAUUUGGUUAAACAUACUGUCGUACACGCAUUUCAACUGGAUAAUGUGAUUCGAUUACAAAUUAAGCUAACAAUUCAGAACAAUUUCAUUUAAUCGGAUUAACCAUACAAUUUUAUAACAUUUAUUCCAAUAUACAAGUUAUUGUAUUUGCUAUAUUCAUAAAAUAUAUUUUCACAUAGAAUUACAUUCUUCCCAAGGA